UAGCGGAGCGGAGCUUAAAAAAAAUGUCUGUCAUCGGCAAAGUGAUCACGAGGCACUUUCGUUGGCCUGUUCGAUAUCAAGUCUUAACAAAAAAUAGCAGAUUAAAUUAUUCAAUCAGUUCGAGAUUGAAAAACAUACGAUAUUGUCAACAACAUUACAGCGUUCCAUUUUCACUGAUAAAAACACAACAAUUGUGUACCACUAGCAGGGAAAUAGAAGCUAUGGCUUUGAGUCCACUUGAUCCUUCAUCACAUUCAAGGCCUGAAUUGGCCAUAAUAAAGCAUGUGGAUUUAAAAUUGAAUGUGGAUUUUGAAAAUAAACAAUUGAGUGGAAUAGCAGAUUUAACCAUUAAUGCUUUAGACAAUAUAAAUGAAUUGAUAUUAGAUUCGAGUGAUAUAACUAUUGAAUCAAUUGAAACAGAGGAUGGAAAGUCAUUGGAAUAUAGACUAGACAACCCUGUUCCAAAUUAUGGAUCAAAGCUUACUAUACCACUUGCCGAACCAGCUACAGUUGAUCAGAAAAUAAAGAUAAGGAUCAAGUAUAAAACAUCACCGACAGCUACUGCUUUACAAUGGUUGGACGCGAAGCAGACGUCAGGCAAAAAGUACCCAUAUAUGUUCAGUCAAUGUCAGCCAAUCCACGCUCGUUCAAUUCUUCCCUGCCAAGAUUCACCAGCAGUUAAAUUCACAUAUAACGCAGAAGUAACAGCCCCAGAACCGUUCACAGUUCUCAUGAGCGCUAUCAGAGGAGAUAGUAACAGUACUACAUAUACGUUUAGACAGCCUGUGCCUAUACCGUCGUAUUUGUUGGCCAUUGCUGUCGGUGUUUUGGAGUCGAGGGAGCUUGGUCCGAGGUCGCACGUCUGGUCAGAAAAAGAAGAGAUUGAAAGGAGUGCAUGGGAGUUUGCCAACACCGAAAAGUAUUUGCAAGCGGCUGAAAAGCUCUGUGGACCUUAUCAGUGGUCGCAGUAUGAUUUGCUUGUGUUACCCCCCUCCUUCCCCUAUGGUGGUAUGGAGAAUCCAUGUCUAACGUUUGUUACGCCUACGUUAUUGGCUGGAGACAGAAGCCAAGCAGAUGUCAUCGUCCACGAAAUAAUGCACAGUUGGACGGGCAACCUCGUCACAAACAGGAACUUUGAGCAUUUCUGGCUCAAUGAAGGAUUCACAGUGUUCUUGGAGAGGAAAGUCGGAGCGUCUUUGAUAGAAGAUAAGGAAGAAGCGAAACGUAGCCGGGACUUCAGUAGUUUACUUGGCUUGCAGGAACUUGAUGAAACUAUAAACAAAAAUCUCGGUGCGAGCAAUCCCCUCACGCAAUUAGUUCCCGACUUGAACCAAACGCACCCAGAUGACGCGUUCUCAAGAGUGCCCUACGAGAAAGGGUCUCUAUUCCUUCGCUAUCUCGAAGAUUUAGUUGGAGGUCCAGAAGUAUUUGAUGAUUUCCUGAGGUCAUACUUGAACAAAUUCCAACGGCAGUCCAUAGACACUGAGCAAUUCAAGGCGCAUCUAUUUGAAUAUUUCAAAGAAAAUGAGGCGUUGAAGAAAGUGGACUGGGAGACUUGGCUACAUAAGUCCGGAAUGCCGCCUGUUAUACCGGCGUACGACACAUCUAUGACUAAAGCGGUGACGGACCUGCGAGCGAAGAUAAGCAACGUUAAAACUACCUUCGACUACAAUGACAUCAUGACAUUCACACCACAACAAAUUAUCAACUUCCUUCAAGAUCUCAUUGAUGGAGAUGCUCUGCCAGUUGACAGAUUACAAAAAAUGGGAGAUACUUAUAAAAUAGCUACAAGCAAGAACACAGAAAUUACAUAUCGCUGGCUAAGAUUAUGUAUCAAGAGCCGAGAUGAAUCCAAAAUAAAUGAAAUAUUACAAUUUGUGAAUAGCCAAGGUCGUAUGAAGUAUGUAAGGCCGAUAUACAGAGACUUAUAUGCCUGGGAAGCCAUGAGACAAAGAGCAAUUGAUAAUUUCCUAGAGAAUGAACAGUAUAUGAUGCACGUAUCUGCGUAUACUCUAAGAAAAGACUUGCAUCUCAGUGAAUAGUUUUUUUGCAUUUCAGUUUAUUUUAUUUAUUGUAAAUAAUUGCAAUUUUUAAAGAUUCAUUUGAUUAUAUUGCAAAUGUUUUUAUUUACAUAAUAAAUGAUUUAUAAUUAUU